CAAUUGUGUUAAAAGAACUAAUUUUCCGAUGUAAAGUAUCAAAUUUUCCACAACAAUUGUUAUAAAUAUGAAAGAAUUUGUAUCAAAUCGUGAUUGUUAAUUAAACCAAGUGUUAUAAUUUGGUAAAAAAUGUCAAAAAUCGACGGAAUGGGACUUGGAUAUUCUUAUCAUUUACCCACAGCGGGCUUAGGACUAAAAAUUAGAAACUCUUUGUCACAAUUUAGUGACCUUUUCAGUGAAUUUAAUAAAUAUAUAGCUCCGGCUUACCACCAUGAUAGGUGUGAAAGAAGUGUUCAAAUGCGUUUAUAUUCGAUGCAUAAACGCGAAUUUGUCAUGGUUUUUAUAGCAUUUUUUGGAUGUUUAGGGUUGGGAAUUUUUAUUGGAUUAGCCGGUCCACCUAUCACUAAAACGACCGAAUGCGAUGCUAAAUCAUCAUGUGAUACAACAAAUAAGACUAUUUCACCUUCCGAGAUGGCCACAGGUCCUUUUACAAUGAGAUCACCAGCUAUGACAAGUUAUAAUCAACAAAUGUGGUUAAUAGCGAAGUUAGCUACAGAUAAUACUGAUGAUGAAAUUUUUGAUAAAAGUUUUCAAAUAAGCGUUACAAUUGAAGGUUUAACACAGGAUCAUAAACCAAUUCCGAUUUUGAAUAAUUCUAGGAAUAGGACGAGACAUUUACGUUGUAAUAAACGGUAUUGCGAUGAAUUUAUUGUGUUACAUUUGGGGUUUUUGGAUUAUACACAUUAUAUUAUAACGGUGAGGUUUUUUGGGUUGGAAUGGUUUCAUCAUAGAUAUACUAUUAAGGAGUUAAAGUUUUACUUUGUAACUUAUAAUCCAGCUUUUACACAAAUCGAAAUAUGGUUUCGAUUUAUCUUUUUAAUUUCAACGUUUAUUAUAACCACAUGGUUUAUUUAUAAAUUAAAAAAUUAUGCUAUUUUCGAUUGGUCUAUCGAGCAAAAAUGGAUGUCGAUUUUAUUAUUUUUGUUACUAUUUUAUAACAAUCCGCUAUUCCCAAUGACAUUUUUGAUUAAUUCUUGGAUACCCGGAAUGAUCGAUGCCUUAUCACAAGCAACAUUUCUAUCUGCACUUUUACUAUUUUGGUUGUGCGUUUAUCAUGGGUUACGACAAAACGAACGAAGAAUUUUGUCGUUUUAUUUCCCAAAAUUUUUCAUCGUCGGUGUUUUAUGGCUUUGUGCCCUAAUUAUGGCCACUUGGGAAAAAUGUAAUGAAUUAAAAGAUCCAACUUAUAGCCAUAUAAACGAUGCAGGAAGUUAUUAUACAUUAAAAGUAAUCUUUUUUACAUUUUGCGGAAUUUACAUCGCCUAUUUACUAUUGUUACUACUAAGAGCUUAUAGUGAAUUAAGAUCAAUGCCAUUUUUCGAUAUGAGAUUAAAAUUUUUGACACUACUAAUGUUGGUGGUUUUAUCGAUAAGCUUAACAAUAACAGUUUUAAGAUUUGGAAUCGGAGUUUUGGAAGAUAACUUCGUCGCCCAAUUGUCCACCCAUUACAACAGUUCUGUUCAAUUCAUGUCUUUUUACGGUUUAUUAAAUUUCUACGUUUACGCCAUGACCUAUGUUUAUUCUCCAAAUACUAAAACCAUUCAAGAAUCAAUUAUAACUAAAGAUAACCCAACCUUUUCGAUGAUUAAUGAUUCCGACGAAGAUGUUAUUUAUGGUUCCGAAGAUGAAAGUAGAAGGCCGUUGAAUAGGGCAAGAAAUGACGAUGACAGUGAUUGAAUUAAAAUAAGAAAUGGUGCCAAGAAGGGGGCUUUUUGGUGAAGUUCUUUUUCUACUUUCGCUAUUUUAGAUAAUAUGUAGUGUUUUAAGUAAGUCGAAAUGAACUGUAAACAAUUAUCAUAAUAAAUAAGUGUUAUUGUAAUUUAAAUUGGCGAAAUAAACAAACGUAAUUGUU